AUGAGGGGUCGUUCCCCUCGCCGCAGAUUUAGGGGAACAACUCAGCGGCCUGCGAGACCUCCUUCCCCCUUCCUUCCUCAGAGAUUUUCCCCUGUUCUAAGAUCUCGAUCAAAGCGACGGGGAUUGUCCUUGACUUCUCGGCCUCCCACAAUCCCCAAAUCAGAUUUCAGUCUCUUCGUUGGGAACAUCUCCUUUGAUACUACAAGCAAGGAUCUGUGGGGUAUCUUCAACAGAUACCGACGGCUGCUGGAUGUAUACAUCCCAACAAGACCUAGCACUAGGAAACCCUGGGGAUAUGGAUUUGUGAGAUUUGCAUACGAGCAAGAUGCAGCGAAUGCGAUAGCCAUUCUCAAUGAACGACGAGUAGAUGGCAAAAUCAUCAAUGUGAGUUGGGCAAAGCACAAAAACAGGGAGGUGGGGUCGUUAAAUCAGGGCCCCUGUCCGGCCAAGGGUUCGACGGAUCAAGUGAGCCCCCCUUUUGUCGUCGAAUCUGAUGGGGGGCAGAGAUCGUAUUUGGCAGUGGCAGCCUCCGAUUAG